AGUGCAGAGACUACUACAAACAAUUACUUACUUUUUCUGUCCUUAAAUCUGAUCACCUAUUCUUGAUAUUAUGGCGGGUGCUCUAGUGGGUGGAGCUUUUCUCUCUGGUUUUAUCAAUGUUGUUUUCGACAGGCUCUCUUCCCCUGAGGUUGCUAACUUCAUCCGAGGCAAGAAGCUUGACAGCAAGUUGAUUCAAAGAUUGGAGACCACCCUUUAUGCGGUUCAGGCUGUGCUUAAUGAUGCUGAGCAUAAACAAUUCUAUGAUCCCGCUGUGAAGAAGUGGCUCGAUGAUCUCAAAGAUGCUGUUUAUGUGGCAGAUGAUUUGUUGGACCAAAUUUCUACUGAAGCUGUCACUCAGAAGGAGGUGAGUAACUUUCUGUCUCGAUUUCUCAAUUUGAGAGAUAGGAAAGUGGUAAGUGAGAUUGAAGACAUCACUAGCAGGCUAGAAAGUAUCGUGAAAUACAAAGAUAUUCUUGGCCUGAAAGAGAUUCCCGGAGAGAACAUGUCAUGGAGAACUCCAUCUACGUCUCUAGUAAAAGGGAAUAUAUAUGGCAGGGACAAUGACCAAGAUGCCAUAAUCAAAAUAUUAAAUGACAAUAGUGAAGAGAAUUUAUCUGUGAUCCCUAUUGUGGGCAUGGGUGGCGUUGGAAAAACCACUUUAGCCCAAUGGGUGUUCAAUGAUGAAAAUUUGAUGAAGGGGUUUGAUUUAAAAGCAUGGGUUUGUGUGUCUGAAGAAUCUGAUAUUCUCAACAUUACAAGGACUGUAAUAGAAGAACUUACUCAUGGUACUUGUAAUGUGAAGAAUUUCAAUAUACUUCAACUUGAUUUGAAGGAAAAGCUGGCAAGAAAGAAAUUCUUUAUUGUUCUGGACGAUGUUUGGAAUAUUGAUCAUCAUGGUUGGGAUAGUCUCAAAGCGCCUUUUCAAUGUGGAAUAACGGGAAGUAAAAUCCUUGUAACAACACGUAGCGAGAAGGUUGCUUCAGUAGUCCAAACUCGUCCACCUUACAGUCUGCACGAGUUGUCUGAUGAACAUUGUUGGUCAGUGUUUGCAAAGAAGGCACAUUUUCCAGAAUCUAAUGGUGAUUCAACUCUAGAAAAAAUUGGCAGAGAGAUUGUUAAGAGGUGUAAGGGUUUACCUUUAGCUGCAGAAACCCUUGGUGGGCUCUUACAAACAAGACAUGAUAUCAAGAACUGGAAUUCUAUAUUGACAAGUGAGAUUUGGGAAUUUCCUACACAAGAUAGUAAAAUUAUUCCAGCAUUGAGAAUAAGUUAUUACCAUCUGCCUCCACAUUUAAAAUGUUGUUUUGCUUAUUGUUCAUUGUAUCCCAAGGAUUAUAGAUUUGAUAAAGAUGCAUUAAUCUUAUUAUGGAUGGCAGAAGAUCUUUUACGGAGACCAAAGACAGGAGAGACACUAGAAGAAGUUGGUUCGGAGUGUUUUGAUGAUUUAGCUUCCAGGUCAUUUUUCAAACUAAUUGAACAGUAUUUCGUGAUGCACGACCUGAUUCAUGACUUAGCAAUAUCGGUUGCAGGGGACUUCUAUUUUAGAUCAGAAGAACUUGGGAAAGCAGACAAUGUUAAAAUUCAGACUCGUCAUUUGUCAUAUGGAAGGCUGAGUCAUCCUUUCCCAAAAAAUUUUGUUGCCAUUGAUAAACUAAAAUCUUUGAGGACUUUUCUGCCAAUCAAUUUCUCAACUCCUUCAUUCAGCUAUGAAAGUGCAGCAUUCAUCAUAUUAUCAAUGUUUAAGUAUCUAAGAGUUUUGUCAUUUUCUCAAUUCAGGGAACUUGAUGCAUUGCCUGAUUCUAUAGGUGAAUUGAUCCAUCUGCGUUACUUGGAUCUCUCUUAUACAGGUAUCAAAACAUUGCCAGGAUCAUUGAGUAACUUGCACAACCUACAGACAUUGAAGCUGCGUCAUUGUCCUCAGUUGAUUAUGCUGCCAAGUGACAUGCAAAAUCUUGUGAACUUGCGACAUCUUGAUAUUAGAGGUACUGUUUUGAAAGACAUGCCUCGAGGAAUGAGCAAAUUGAAACAUUUGCAGCUCUUGAGUGAUUUUGUUGUGGGGGAGCAUGAAGAGAAUGGGAUAAAGGAAUUGGGAGAACUUUCAAAUCUUCAUGGAUCACUAUGGAUUAGCAAAUUGGAGAAUGUUACCAGUAUUGGUGAAGCAAGGGAAGCAAGGAUAAUGGAUAAGACCCACAUUGAAAAUUUGAUCUUGGAGUGGUCUUCUGAUGGUGAUAUGGUUACAAUGUCAACGCACAUCGAAAGAGAAAUAUUUGACAAGUUACAACCUCACAAAAACUUGAAAGUGCUCACGAUUAAGAGGUACAGGGGUACCAGAUUUCCAGAUUGGGUAGGACAUUCUUCCUACCACAAUAUGACUCAUGUGAGACUUGAGUCUUGUAGCAAUUGUUAUAUGCUCCCUUCGCUUGGACAAUUACCCUCCCUGAAAUCCUUGGUGAUUGAAGAUUUUAAUGGGCUGGAAAUUAUUGGUGGCGAGUUUUACAAGAAUGAUAAUGAUGAAUCUUGUUCAGCAACACCCUUUCCAUCCUUGGAGACUCUUUCAUUUUAUAGAAUGUCUAGUUGGGAGGUGUGGCGCUCACAUGAGUGUAAUGCUUUUCCUCAACUUAAAGAGCUUAGAAUAAGUGAUUGUAGCAGCUUCAGGGGAGAUUUCCCUACUCACCUUCCUGCUUUGGAAACACUUGAGAUUUAUCGUUGCAAUCAGCUUGUUUCUUCUCUCCCAAGGUCUCCAGCAAUUUGCGAAUUAACGAUACAUGAAAGCAAUAAAGUAGGGUUGCAAGAGUUGCCGAUUUCGCUACGAUCCCUAUCAAUCACAGGAUGCGAGUUGGUGGAGUCCGUGUUUGGAGCCAUGGCCAUCACCCAGCCAACUUGUCUUCAUUCUUUGAGGAUCUCAGAUUGUCCAUCUGCCUUAUCAUUUCUGGGGGAUAUUUUACCACAAUGUUUGAAAGAACUAUUCAUCCGAAAUUGUGAAAAGGUAGAAUUACCAACGCAACACGAGUUACUUGAGACAUUGAUAAUAGAAAACAGCUGUGAUUCAGUUGUAUGCUUCUCAUUGGAGACCUUUCCUAAUCUCAAGUUGCUGGAAAUCAAAAAAUUUGAAAUUAUGGAAUCUCUUUCAGUGUCACAGUCACAGGUUAAUGCUCUUAGCUUUCUCUACAUUGAUCAAUGCCCCAAUCUUGUAUCUUUUCCCACAGAAGGAUUUGCUGCGCCCAACAUGACAUCUUUCGGGCUAGGCCAUUGCAACAAGUUGAAGUCGUUGCCUUGUCACAUGAAUACUCUUUUCCCAAAGUUAGAAUAUCUGAGAAUAAGUAAUUGCCCAGAAAUUGAUUCGUUUCCACAAGGGGGUCUGCCGCCUAACUUGACAAGCCUUGAGAUCUGGGAUUGCGAGAAAUUAUUGAGCGGCCUAUCAUCUAUGGGCAUGCAUCAGGGUCUCACUCAUCUAGACAUUGCAUGUGAGAGUGUAAAGUCAUUCCCGAAGGAGGGUUUGAUGCCUCAGCUUCCCUCCCUUAACACUCUGUGGCUGUAUAAAUUUGAAAAUAUGGAGACGUUGAACUGCAAGGGGCUUCUCCACCUUACCUCUCUCCAAACAUUAACAAUUGAAGAUUGUCCCAAGCUGCAGAAUAUGGCGGGAGAAAGGCUGCCUCCCUCUCUCAUCAAACUCGAAAUCUUUGCAAGUCCUUUGCUGGAAGAACGGUGCAAUACAAAGCACCCGCUAAUUUGGCCCAUAAUUUCCCACAUCCUAGGCAUUCGAGUUGAUGGCAAAUGGGUUUCGUGAUGUGCGAUUCUCAACAGGUAAUUCUGAUGCACAUGUCCUCCCGUCAUGAUACCUCAAUUUCAUUCACCUCUUCAAUAUGAUUCAUGUCGAUCGUUGCUUUACAUUUCUAAUGGAUUUGUCUUUUUGUUUUCUCUCUCUAUAUUUCAUUAAGAAAUACAUUCGCCAACUUCAACAGAAUCUGUUCAUCCGGGUUUAAUAAAGCAAGACUGCAUCAAGCUUUGUUGCUUCAACAAAAUCUAUUUCAAAAAAAAAAAAAAAAAAAAAAAAAUUAUAAAUGCGGUGCUAAUAACAUUUAUGUAUGAAGGGAGGGUCUUAUCUGUCCCGUCAAGGCUCAAGAAGAGUUGAAUGAUUCAUCAAGAAGGAAUCGGCAUCAGAAGUACAAGCUUAAAAAAUAAAAGGCUCAAAUUAUUAUUCUCUAUAGUAACUUUUGGGAUUUCUAUAUUCAACAAGCAGCUGAUUUGUAACUGAACAGUGCACAGAAGUAACUACAAACUGGAUGGAUCCAGAGAUAUUGUUUUAUUGUACAUUACUCUGAUGUCUUGUAGCGGUUCUUAUGGAUACAGUUUUUCCAAGGGAGCCGAAGUGAUACCAGCUACGGUCAAGAAUUUCGUUUUGAUAUAUGCUGUUUGAGUUGCAGUGUCAAAAAAAAUGUGUGCAGUGAAGCCUCUUUGGUGGGCUUGUGAACAAUUUCUCCUGAUGGGCAAAGCAUUGGACUCCAACGGGACAUUUGGUACAAGAUUUUUUUCAGGAUUCUUGAUAAACUGAAUUUUUUUUAAAUUUUAAAUUUUCAGAUAUUAUCGUAAUUUAAUGUUGGGCCGGUUCCCUCACGAGAAGGAAACCCAUUGGAAUUAUGAGCCUAAAUUCAAAUUAUAAUGGAAGGCAUUUUGGUCUUUUUGCAGGGGUAAUUUGUCGUUAGUUGUGUAUUUUAUCAUUGCAUUUUCACUACUUUGUACAAUUUGUAUUUAAAUUCUUAAUUGUUACUGUAUCUAUCUGUGGUGCCUAUAGUUGCAGGGAAUUUUUUGUAUUUAUUGAUAGUGGAGAUGAAUUAUAUUCCGUGCUUUUACUUUUCAUAU